CGACCGGGGCCGAGGGGAUGCGGAGCGAGCGUGGGAAGGACGUGUUUGCGGUCCGCGGAGGCGCGCUUUACUUCCACACCGGGGAGGCCGGAAAGAAGUGCUUUAUUGAGGAGAUUCCGGACGAGACCGUGGUUAUAGGAAACUACCGGACGCAGCUGUAUGACAAGCAGCGGGAGGAGUACCAGCCGGCCACCCCCGGGCUGGGCAUGUUCGUGGAGGUGAAGGACCCGGAGGACAAGGUGAGCCGGCCCCUCAGCCCCGCCGAGCCCUGCGCUCUGCACUUGAGCGCCAGAGCCGGCGGCCGCUGGCACUUCCGCUCCUCCUCGCGGCAGCCGCCAAACUGCUGAAGAGACUUGGGGUGUUGGUGAGAAGAUCCCGGGUUUUCGCUCUAGGCCACACCUGGGCUGCCGCAGGACUCGCGGCUCCUCUCGGUUUCUUGCCGGCUGCUGCGGGGCUCGGUCGAGCCCCUUACCUGCCCGGAGCCUUUUCUCCUGCUCUGUGAGGUGGAAACUCACCUGCCUUGUAGGCUGGUUGGUGCCUUCAUUGUGGUGCUGGCCAUCAAGGAAUUGUGGUGACUCUCACGCUGUGACCUGUGACGUAUGGGCUUUAGGGGGUCGUCCAACAGGGUGCUUUCCAAACGAACGAGUAGCUUUGAAUUUCGAUAAAUAGGGAUAUUAGAAUAAAGCAAAACAAAUA